AUGAUCAUGGGCGGCACCGACAAGAGUCCCGACCAGGGAACUAUACAACCAUUCGGAAUAGUUUUCACCGACAAAAAGCUUCCAGACAUACUGGCAACAUGUGUGACCUGCUUCGACUACGCCAUACAAGCCGAGCCCGAUAGCCGGGUAAGACUAUCUCUCAAUGUCCUUCGACUUCGACUCACACGAUGGGGCGAAGCAUCGGAGAUUUAUAAGAAACCCGCGUCCUGGGAGCACGACGCCCACCCCGAUGAUCUGGACGAGGUGAGGCAGUCUUUGCUGAAUAUGAUAAGCCUAUUCGAAACCAAAGCCGAAGAACAAGAAAAAGAUGAAGAUGAAGAUGAAGAUGAAGGAGAGGAUCCGGCCUUAGCUCCGACAGAUUUGGUUGUGAACGACACAAGUGGCCCAGCAAAGCUAUUGCAAGAAACACUCUGCAAAAUCGCUGCUGAAAGAUCUCAGCAGGGCACCAAGUUGAUUGACCCCAAAUACAUGGAAUGCAGCUGGUGGUCCAAUGCACGAUUAAAGCGCGCGGCGAGUUUCAUCGACAUCCUGGAAAGCAUGUUUGGCUCUCGGCGCCUCAAAGAACUCUGUGCAAACGAUCUCCUCCGGAUUGAAGACGAAGUAGCCCUCGCGCUUCUGAAACUCAUUGCAACCGACCUGGAUCCCUGGAUGGUGAGAGCGUGGGCACCCAACAAUCACUUCCGAAGUCUCGCAUUUAACCUCAGUUACCAGCUAGGUAGAAAUGCGAGCUACGCUUCCGGCCUCGGAUUUUCCGAUCACUGGCAUUCAUCGUGCUGA